AAUCGGAGAACCACAGAUGCCAAGCGACCUGUAUCCUUGCAGGUUGUCACACGAACGAGAUCCGUUCAGUAACAGUUCUCUUUUUACUCGCAUGUGUCGUUCACAGAGCAUAAAGAGAGUGGGGUGGAUCGAUAUAUCUAUGAACGCUCUUUCUUUUGUGUCUUGCUUGUUAAGAGAGUAGAGAUUAUCAGUGAUGUCUUUGAAUGACUAUUUCGCUGCCAACGGAGCGGUCUACCUGAGACCGGUUGGAUUGCCCGAUUGUUUUCCACUUCCAGGUCUACCCCAUGGAUGCAAACCGCCACCCCUUGCAAUGCAACAUCCCUGCAGUACUCCACAAAAACCCAGAACAAUGGCUGCAGUAUCACCUCUUCACCAAGUUGUACCACCUCAACCCAACAUUCCAUCUUACGACAACACAAAUCUCGCCUUCAACUCAGCUUCUAGAACCUCCAGUUUUGCUGCAGCACUGCGAAAACUUGCCAAGCAAGCUGGGGAUCCUGUUACUGGAGAAAAAGACUUAACCCAGAUUUCACCAGUUUCAUCCCCUGUUCUCAGUCAAGGAUCCUUAACGCCUAAGCGAAACGUUCCAAAUCCACCGCCACCACCUAUGUUCCUUACAAAUCACCAAGUCUCAUAUGCAUCAUCAUCCCCACCUGUAGUUACAAUCGCACCCAGCAGACCAGUGGCUACUCACACAUCUGAAAGUCGAAAGCAGGUCAAUUCAAGCGGCUUAAGUAAUGGACACGUACAAGAUUCGAUGGGGGUGAAACUAGAUUCCUCAAAAAGUGGCCCUAGAAACGCUCAUUCUGAUAAAUGGGAAGACGCAGCAAACAAAGGUUUAUCAUCUACCUCAUCCCAAGUCAGACCACAUGCGACAAUCGCUCCUCUGCCUCGACCAGACGACUCUUUGACGUCCUCUAGGGGAUUUCAACCAUAUCGAGGAACAGAAGAAUCACGCAAUACACUCCCACACCACAUGUCUCUCUUUGAUCCACACCCAGCUGUAUCUUAUCCCUACACUCCAGCAUUUCUACCUCCGCCACAUCUCUCUCAUCCGGCAUACAGGUUUGAUGACCCAUUGUAUCUGGAAAGGUACAGCUUGCUCCGACCUCCCGUGAUGCCCUACCCACAACCAGGUAUGAUGGCUCCCCCAACAGCGUUCUACCCUAACAACCGAUAUGCAGCAGAUCUCAUUGCUCAAUCAUUAUCUCUAGGCUCAGCUAAUAACAGUAUUCUCAAUCAUGAGAGGUUAAAACAAGAAGAAGAAAGGCGAAUGAGGGAAAAAGAAAUAGAGUUAGAUCAGUCACGAAAUAAAGAACAGGAACGACAAAGAGAAAAAGAACAGAAAGAUAAAGAGACAAGAGAAAGAGAGCACAAGGAGAGAGAACAUAGAGAAAAAGAAAAGCGAGAAAGAGAGAAACCUUACAGAGAUAAAGAGGAACAUUCUGAUCAUAAAAAAGGAUUACAUAACUCCCAUUACGGUUCCUCAUCUUCGAAAAGAACUGAAUCACCAAGUGUAAGAAAUCCACCCGCAAUUCACUCGACUUCAAAUCAUACAACUCCAUCUGCAACAAUAGUAAAUUCGACUCCCCUCAACCUCGUCGUUCAACCUGGUACAGAACCUCCAAAAAAGGAGGCAGAGUUAUGGAUGCCAUGGCAGCAACCUGCGAAUCAGUAUCCCAAAGAAAUGAAUCAAGAUGGCGGACAUAUUCUGAAACAGCCAGCUCUACGACCACCUGAAGUGCAUCGACAUCAUCAUGGAAAAGAAAAUCCCACUGCCGAUAAAAUGAGCUUGAGAUUCAGCCCUUCGAUUCUGAACGAGAAGAAACACUCAUCCAUACCCAACAUCGAGCUUCCAGUGAACGACCCAAACGGAAAGAAACACUUUGCACCCAACGACAACAAACGAUCCGAACCCCCACACCAUUACCCAACCGACAACCUGCCCAACAAGGAACAUGCCCCGCACGAAUGGCGACAUGAAAAACUACAGAAAGCAUGCUCCAACAAUCAUAGAAAAAGUCACGAAUCCAAAAAAAUCAAAGAUAACGCUGUCCAGAAUCAUCAACGCAAAGUAGUGAACGGUGCGGUGUUAAAAACGCCGACUUACCAGAAUGAAGGCAUGCAUGCUAGGUUGUUGGAAUCUGAGAAGAGCAGACUGGAGAUGAAUGGACAUUUGUUACCACCGGCGAAAACGCACACGCCUGUGAGCAAUGAUAGGCAUGUUGUGCCAUCAUAUAAAUCUAGUCAAUUGUUCAGUCCCGGAAAAGAGAGUUUUCUGCAGAAUAGUUAUGCAGAUUGUUAUAAUCCUCCAGUGCUGAAAAGUAAUAUUGAAAUUUUUCCUGUUGUGAGCAAACUGGACCUUGAUGCCAAGAAAUUGGAAAAAAAUGAUUUUAAGUUUGAGGAUGAUGAUGAGAAGGAAGAAAAAAGGAUAAAAAAUUUUCUGAUACUUUCAAAAGUGCCACCAACAAAAUAUGAGCAUAAUCCUCAGAAACUGAGGUUUUUGAGAUUGUUUGGAUUGACGACUCAUUUCAAACGAAAAAAAAUUGAAUUCGACAUGUACCUGAAAAGAAGAAAAAUUUUAAUGGAAGACUAUGAAGUUCCUCCGUUGAGUCCAGAUGUAGAACCUGACAGUACAGAAAGAGCUUUAAUAUCUCCAGUGGAAGAACUGUAUACAAGAAAUGAUAGAUUAUCAGAAAAAUUAUUGGCGGAAGCGACACCCGUGAAAUUAGAAUUUCUUUUUAAAAUUGGUCUCACUCCCAUCACACUUGUGAAGAAAGAAGAAAAAGAACGCAUUCGGCGAAUGGUUGAAGAAGAGAGACUAAGAAGACAUUAUCGCCUGUUGGCGAAAGUAAACAAGAAAGCCUCUCCACGUCGCCUAUUCGUGCCAAAGAGUGAAGCAGCUCAGAGAUUGGACCAUUUAAGGAAACUUCGAGAAAUGAAUGCGAUUGGACUAUCGAGAAACUCUUCAGAAGAGGAAGAAGAAGUGCUUGAUGUAAAACCUGUAUCAUCUAGUCAAUUAAUUAUGCCAAAAAUUGAGCAAGUGCCUUACCUUUGCUCGUCAGAUAUCAACGAGCCUGUGAACUCAUUAUAUACCUCUUCAAGUACAGAAAAUUCUGGAACAUUUUCAUCCCCCCACACCAAGUCUUUCAAUAAAUAUUCUUUUAAACGGGGACACAGCUUAAAGAAUGAAUUCAGGUUCAUUGCUCCUCAACCGGUUUGCAAAAACAAUCACAUAGUGAAAGCACAGGGAACUUACAAGCCCUCAGGAAGUAGUACUUCAAUUGGAAUACAAGUUGAUACUAGUUAUUUCGGCAAUAAUAUUGAUAAGUCUUUAGCUGAUUUAAAAAGUUCUUUUAAUUGGCCUGGUCUAGAUACAAUCAUGGAAGCAUUUUACAGACAUCAGAAUGAACAAUCAAGCGAGAAGUCCAUCUUGACAGAGAGGUGCAAGCAACUGAGACUUACUCAAGAAGAACUUAAGAAGGAAGCUGACAGCCUUAGUAGAAAGAUGUCGGAAUUGCUCAGAUGCAAACGAGAGCUGGACGAGGAAAGACAGCGCCAUCAGCAUUCGAUUGAUCACUUAAAACAGUGCCUUCGAAUCGGCAGAUAACAAAAUAGUUGGAUUCAGACGCAUAUAUAAAUUGUACAAGAAUUUAAAAAUAUAUCCUUCUGAUGCUCCAAGAGGUUCUCUUAAAUAAACGAAUUCGAAACAGUGAUAUAUUUGAAGAUACGACUACAGUAUUGAAGAUGAGGUCACACUGUGUGUUGAAUUGAUUAAAGAUAUUUUACAUAUAGAAUUUCAAUCUAUUGAAUUGAGAAUCAAAUUCAAAGAUUUGUUUUUAAAAAAAGUCAUCUUUAACACUAGUCUUUUUUGUUGUUGAUUUUUGUUGUUUUACUUUGCUUUUUUGUUGAGUUUACACCUAGGACCAAUGAUCUUUUACCCUUAAAGGGACCAUGCAACAACUAUUUUAUCAAAUGGAUACUUUUUAGAGAUUUUUAAGCUAGUCUUAUUUUACGUGGGAAAGAUGGUUGAAGAGUUUACAUCGCCAACUUCUUGUAUACUUCGUAAUUAUUGAUUCUCUGUGAGUUACGUCUUUAAAUGUUGUUUCGCUCAUGCAAACAUUAUUGUCAUGAAAUCUUUCCUGUUGUAUAUCAUUGUACAAUCUUGUGAUUUAUCUUCAUGUUUUGCACAUUGAUACAUAUUCUUAUGCUGUUAUAUUUAUAUUUUACUUUAUUUAGGUUAAAAGAAAUUAAAUGUGGUACAUUAAACAUUGA